CAUUGAGCCAACAAUGGACUUUACAAAUGGGGCUGCACCAGUGACCCCUCCUCUGCAUUUAUAAGUUACAGCAACCGUCCAGUGACCAAGCACAACAUUUGGAGAAAAGUAUCUCUGACAAUGAGGACUUUAGGUUGGGUGACACUGCCUCUAGCCCUGUCUCUGCUUUCCUGCCCAGCCUUGGUAGUCACCUCUCUUCUCCCUAUGCUGAGCCUGGAUUCUCCACUCCAUGAGCAACUGGCCCAGAAAGUGACCUGUUCUGCUGGAAAACCGACUAGGUCCUCAGACAGCCUGUUCCUGGGCAGUGGAGAUGAGCAGCACAUUCUGCAUAUGGAAUUCCAGUUCUCCGAGUUAACAAGUAACCAGUCUUCUUUUGCUAUUCGGACCUUUGACCCAGAAGGGAUUAUUUUCUACGGGGAUGUAGGGAAGAAUAAUUGGUUUGUGCUUGGAAUCCGGGAGCGAAAACUGGAAGUUCAAAUGAACAACGACAAUGGGCAGAUGUUGCUGUCUAAGUGGGGACCAGACAUCAGUGAUGGCAAAUGGAGGAAGGUAACUGUGGACAGCGGUAGCAAUACUGUUGAGGUGAGGGUGGAUGGAGAACUUGUGGUGAAGUUAAUCCAUCAUGUGAGCUCUCAGCCUAGUGCUCAGAUCCCUUCCAUGCUCAGAAUUAUCCUGGGAAACCUGCCAGCAGGCACUAAGGAUCAGCUCAUUAAACCGAUACAACCUGCUUUGGAUGGGUGUAUGCGCAACUGGGCCUGGGUAAAGAAAGAUGCACACGUUUUGGAGGUUGCUUUAAAUGCUGAUGAGAACCGACGCUGCUUUGAACAGGAAGAGCCAGGAACUUUCUUCCCUCCCAAUGGUUAUGCUGUUUUUAAACCUGAAGUGCUUCACACAGUAGACAUUGAAACAUGGGGACUGUCAAUCAAGCUGCUGUUCCGAGUGGUUGAAAAUGGCGGAAUUCUGCUCUUAUUACAUGAUGGGAGCAAGGUUGCAGCCCUAACGGUGGCACUGGACUGUCAGAAGAAGGCUCUCAUUGUCACUCUUGAAGGUAAUUUGAUACAUUCUGAGUCACUUCCGGAAGACGUGUGCUCAGGACACUGGGAGAUCAGAGAGGUCCAUAUAAAAACGAAUGAGAUACAAGCAAAUCAAACCAAGUAUUCCGUAUUAUGGGACAUCAACCCAGUGGCCCUCAAAGCUCUAAAAGAUGUUUGGCUGGACCCGGCUGCUCAGCUUUUUGUUGGAGGCAUCCCAGACGAUUUCACUAAGGCCGGACCUUACUUCUCUGGGUGCCUGCAGGUAACUGUGCAAGGGCAAGCUGUAAGCCUGGACUCAGCGCAGUACAACCACCCUCACGUCCGCAGUCACAGCUGCCCCCAAGGGACAGAGAUAAAACCUUGCUCCGGGAAUGAACCCUAGUCACAGGGCUGCACCUCAGAAUAUUUGAGAACUACUGCAUUAUAAUUCUACUGUAGAUUCUGCCUUCUUACAAUGUGCAAAUAAAUGUUGGUAUUAGAAUAGUAACACUGGGGGAGGCAAAAAGAAAAUCUAGUAAGCAAGACUGCUCUUAGACUGCUAGACACCUGCUAGACUUCUAGGCAUUCCUACAUUGGGGAACAUUUACUAACUAACUAAAAUUUGUAUUGGUGAAUUUUUUUCUUGUGCUCUUAGUAAAUUGAAGAAUAUUGACUGGAGACAUUUUACCUGCGGAAAAGAUGUGAAUUUAUAACAAUACAAAAAGAGUUUUCACCACUAGGAAGUUAUUUCUCCAAAAUGUGUUGUAUUCUCCUUUUAGUAAAUGGGUGAUGUUUAGGGGAAUCUUUAUUUUAAGUGAGACUUCUUCAAAUUUUCACUUUCACCCUUUAGUAAAUAUGCCCCUAAGUGUGAUAUAAAACUGAUGGCUCAUGGGCAAAUCAACUCUGCCACCUCACAUUGACUUGAAUGUAAAUCAUAUAGACAAAUACAAGAGGUCCUCUGCACUCAACCCAUUAUCAAUAUGGACAAACAAUCCCUGUUUUGUUUAAAGGG